AAACUGAAUCAACUGAUGACUGAAUAUUUCAGUCCUUUUUCUCUGUUGUAAACUAUUUAUUACCAUACAGAUUUUCAUGAUGAAACAAGACAAGAAGAUAUCAAAGCUCAAGCAAAGGAACAUCUUGAGAGCUAUCGGGAAUUUGACGAGUACUACGUUGAAACGUCCUUAUAUAAGAAGAUACAGAACUGCUUCAAAGAAAAUGGAGUAGUAGUCAUAGAGGGACCAACUGGUUGUGGCAAAACAGCAGCUGCAACACAUUUGUUAUUAAAGUAUUACGAGUUGACAGGUAUUGACAUAAUGAAAGUAACACAAUUUACCGAUCUAUAUCAAUGUAAGAGUGAAGGGGCAUCAUCGGUCAUUUUUCUAGUGGAUGAUUUAGAUAUUGAUAACCCUGAUAUGCUGAAAUGGAAAGCUGCUUUUGAGGUGCUAUACACAAAGAUGAAAAAAGCACGUGAGAUACAUCGCAGAGGAGCUCACAGAAUUAGAUUGGUUGUUACAGCGUUUCAUAUCCCAUCGAUAUUACUAACUCUCCCAAUAUUUUCAAAAAACUUUUUAAUUCUUGAAUCAGAAUUAAAUAAGAGGGAAAAAAUUAAAAUUUUGCGGAAACAAAUGAAAUACGCUAGUGAACAUUUGAAUAUCAAGUAUGAAUCAAUUAAUAAAGAUGUUCAGGAAAAUGUUGAAUCUGCAAGUACAGUUGUUGGAUUUCCUCUCGCUGCCCAGUUGUACGCUAGAGAAGAAAAAUAUCGUAAGAAAGGAAAGGAGUUUUUCGAAAGUCCAAAGGUAUUUUUCAAAGAUUCAUUGAAAGAGUAUGUAGAAAACGAUAAAAGCAAAAGCAUACUCACAGCACUCAUCAUAGUGUAUUUGCGUGAAAUAUAUGAAAGAAACGGAAAUAUACCAGACGAUAUAGCUGUGGCAAAGCUAGCCUUCCCAGAAACAUGCAAGAAGGUCAUAGAUUCCCAUAUAGUCAAUAGACUGAAAUUGAAAUAUGAGAGUGUAUCUAAUUCUGCAACAAAGCUUCUUGGACUUUUCUUUUUGAAAACAGAGGAGGGCACCUAUAAGUUUUGUCACUCGCUUGUUUUGGAUUCAGUAAGUUCCUAUCUUUUUGACGAGUACUUUGAAACUGUUGUUGAACAUUUUCCUUUGGCUGUCAUUGCAUAUGAAACACACGAAUUUUCGGAUUACACAGAAACACAAUUCUCUUUUAUCAGUGACAGAUUGAUAAGGGAAUUGGAAGCUGGAAAUUUGGAAGACGUUUGUAGGUGUACCAUUCUGAAAAAUGAAUUUAUUUUAAAAAUCAUGAGAAGAAGAUUACAAGAAAAUGAAACAACUUUGAAAAAAAUAUUAACGGUAUUCGACUGUCAGCAUGAACAUUUGCGACUUACAUUUUGGGCAGGUCGAUAUGGACUGUUGAAAUUUUCAGCCAUGCUGUUAAAUUUUGUAGAUACGCACAUCUUGAAUGAGCCGUUAUUGAAUCGAUACUUUUCGCUACUAGGAGAAUUUUCUUUAAAGUCUCCAAGAGACCUGAAUGAUACAAUCCACAACAUCAAAAAUUCAUCAGAUAUUAGAAAGGUAUUGUUCGCUGAAAGGCAGAGUUUUAUUCAUGAAAUAAUUUCAUCCAACAGACAAGAUGGUGAUGUCAAGGCAAUCCUCGAACAUCUUGUAAAGGACGGAAUAUCCAUGGAUACUCUUGACAGAAACAAAAGAACGCCAUUGAUGAUUGCUGUAUAUUGUGACAAAGACAGGGGCUCAACAAUUGACCUGUUGUUGGCAAAAUCAGAUUUGUCAAAAGUAGACAGCAAAGGUUAUUCUGUUUUUCAUCAUUGUGUUGCAGCUGAGAAAAAUGAUAAAAAAUGUUCUCUCAUUCUUUCGAAACUUCUUGGUUCUUACAACAUUCCUACAAAUGUUUUGAAUCUUGAAAGCAGUUCUGGUUUGACAGUUCUGCACAGAGCGGUCAUUGUAACAAAUCACAGCAGAAUAAUUUGCAUGCAGAUUUUGCUUGGUUUUGAUAAAGAACUCUGUAAAAAUGAGAUGCUAGAUAAAACAGGUAGAUCUCCAAUAUACAAUAUGAUUAAAUAUCUGAAUAAAAGGAGCAUAUUUGUUGAACUGGAGAGAUUGAUUCGAGCAUGUAUACUCUUACUACAUAACUGUUCCCCUUAUGACAAGGCAGACAGCGAUGAAAAAAGUGCUUGGGAUGUUAUUAAAGAAAACAAAUCUGGUAUUCAUCAAAAAUUAUUUCAAUUAAUCAAAGUUAGUCCAGAUCAAGAAGAAAUAAUUGAAAUCAUUUGUUCUGUACUCGACGACUUACCACAGAAUGCUGAAAGAAGUGAUGUCCCUUUCGAAACACUUGUACCAAAAGGAUCGGAAAUCUUUUCUGCGGGUUUAAGAAUGCUCUUUAAUAAGGCAGCUCAGUGUUUGUGUUCUAAAACGUUCAGUGACGUUCAAACAAUGUAAUUUAAGGAAUUGUUUUAAACCUUUUAAUGUGUUUUCAAAAUCUUUUAGAAAAACUGCCACAAUUGAUAACGGUACAACAUAAAGAAAGUCAAAUAUAUUUGUGUAUUUAAUACUCCAGCAAGUAAGCUUAGUAAUGGAGAGACUGAUUAUAGUAUUAUUAAAUGUAGUAUACUAGUAUUUCCACAUCUUUGACACUGAGUCGAUGUCGCCUCAUGCAUCUUUGACUCUGUUUAGAUGUGAAAUACGUAAUUGUGUUUACCGUACAUUUUUAUGCCAUACGUAACCUCAUUGCAUAAUAUUAUAAACAUUUAUAGUUACUGUAGUUUUGUUACAUGUGUCUCUGUAUCUAACAUAAUAUGUUUUAUUCUGUUUGAUAUAACCAAUUAUUAUAUGCCUUUGGUAUUUUUUAAUAAUUUUAUUUAGUCUAAAUAGUCUAAUUUGAUUGGACUAGACAGUCACAUGACUUUGUUUUAUAUAGUAUAAAGAAUGUAGGUAUAGAGCCACGCCCCCUUGGCAACAUUGAGCUGGAACUACUUUUUACCAUAACUUCCUGUUUACAUUAUAGUUUAU